AUGGGUAGUAUCAAAGCUAACGGAGACAAUCCGAGUAAAGACGUGAUGCUUGCGUUUGACCGAUUUUUUACAAGUGUGCACCUGAUGGAAACCCUGAAAUUUCCUGCUAUUGGUACGUGCAUCAAGACAUGCAAAGAUGUUCCUAAUUUUGCAACAAAACUAAGCAAAAGGGGUGAGGCUGAGUUUCUCAUAACUAAAAAUGGAACAUUGUGUGCGAGGUGGCUUGAUUCAAAGGAAGUGAUGAUGCUAAGUAAUUGCCACGAAGCUAAAUACACUAAAGUAAAUCGCACCAUGAAAGAUGGAAGCAAAGAAGAAUUUGAGUGCCCUGUGGCAAUCGAAUUCUACAACAAAAUCAUGGGAGGUGUAGACCUUGCAGAUCAAAUGGCAAAUGUCUAUGAAUUAGAUUGA